GAGUGCUCGGUCAAAAAGUGUCCAAUUGAGCGCUUAUGUAAUCUCCUUUUAAAUUUUUGAAGAAGUGGACGCUAAAGAUGAAUUUUUGAUUCUUCCUUCAUUUGCAGGCAGGGAGUUGGAUACCAUCAUGACGGAUGACCUUUGAAACUUCCUUUGUUGAUAUCUCAUAACAGUCGUUAUGGCUGGUAACAGUACAGCCGCUGAACAAGAGCAGCUGGAAAUAGCAAGAAUACAAGAACAACUGCGGCUAGAACGUGCAAAAUUGGCUGAUGAAAUAGGAAGCAAAUUUGAUGCUUUAAGUGCAGCAGCUAAUGGAUCAACUUCCAAAUCCAGUAAACCUCGCAUUGAAAAACCUUUCGUUCAUCGACCUGUCAAUCUAGGAUUGGGAGCUGAGAAUGAUCAUAAUGGAAUACAUAUCGAUGCACAAUCACGACAAGAUCGUAGAUUGAAGGGUGCACUGGUUGGAAAGAGGAAGCUUGGUGAUCAAUACGAAGAGGAAAAGCUACGCUCUGGAGGGUUGCGGAAUGACGACGAUAAUGAAGAGUCGAGAGAAUCAAUGCUUAACGGGAAAAAGGCGGUCGGAGAUGUGGCAGAAAGAGGAAAUGGCGCAAACAAGAAGAAGCGGAAAGCAGACCCAUUUGCUGUUCCCGUCAAAGCAAAAGCAGCUAUGCAGAAAACGAAAAGUACAGAGAAGCCUGUAGCAGACACAGCAGCAGAGCCUGUUCAAUUGAAUGGAGGUAUGAGCACCGAAAAGGAAGACACUUCGAUGGGAGAUGCAUCCCUUCAGCAUCUUUCAAAGAAGGCACGAAAGAAGCUACGCAAGCAGCAAAGACUGCAAGAAGAAGCAUCAGCAAAUCAACCGUCUGCACAACAAUCUGAUGAUCACAGUCAACCCAAAGUAAACAAUGUACCUGCUCCGGCCAAGCCUUCUGAAAUAGUUCCCACCCCGCAAUCUCAACCACGCAGUUCGCUCACCUCAAAAUUAUCCGGGGCCAGAUUUCGACAAAUCAAUGAAACAAUGUAUACCACAUCUUCCACAAAUACACUUGCGAUGAUUCAAAAUGAUCCGAUCAAAUUCGAAGAAUAUCAUGAAGGCUUUCGCGAACAGGUGAAAAGUUGGCCAAAAGUUCCGGUCAAACAGAUAUUUGAAUUGAUUAGGGAUGCACAAAGAGAAGCAGAGAGUGCAUUAAUUGUGGAUUUGGGUGCUGGCGAAGGCUUGCUUGGCAAAUGGCUGAGCGAAGAUAGGUCGAUCCGACCACGGGUGAUGAGCUAUGAUCUUUUGGACAGUCAAGAUGGAUUCGUGAAAGGCUUAGACGUUGCACAAGUUGGUGUUUUGCCCUUACCUGUCGUAGACGUUGCCGUAUUCUGCCUGAGUUUGAUGGCGACCAAUUGGGUUGACAAAAUACGUGAAGCAAGUCGAGUCGUUCGACCGUUUGGCGAAUUGAUUAUUGCAGAAGUUACCAGUCGUUUUACGGACAAGAAGAAAUUCAUUGAGAUUGUUGAAUCUCUUGGAUUCAAAUUCAACAAAGAAGACGCAAGCAAUACGCACUUUAUCAUCUUUACCUUUCACAAAAAGCCAUCCUCGCAAUGGACUUUGCCUUACUCUUCCCAAGCUGAUCUGGACGCAUUAGUCGAAAGUGGCCAAGCGAUUCUCAAGCCAUGCAUUUACAAAAGACGAUGA